AUUUCACCGGCGGUACGCCAAGUGUCAUCAUACAAUGCUAGCCGUCAGCUCGUUUCACGCAAUUUCUCUCAAAUAAUUUAGCGACUGGUCCUAUUCUGUCUCUGCCACUCACUUCUUUGACUGUUUGGGUUUUGUAAGAAGGGUCCGGCUGGUUGUGAACUGUCUUUAAAGCAGCAGCAUCGUUUCAUUUUUUUCUGCAUUAACCGGUUGCCAAGUGCUAACAACAGUAACAGUGAGGAGGAACUUACAUGCGUGUAGCGGAGUUGUCGUUCUCAGAUCAUCAGCGAUCACAGAGAAAAGCCGUCCCCAGCAGACAGAAUGGAGCUUCAAGCAGUCCUGAUGGCGGCUGGUGGGGGGUCUCGUAUGACCGAUCUGACAUACAACACCCCCAAACCGUUGCUGCCCGUCGGCAAUAAACCUCUUAUGUGGUAUCCCCUUAAUCUGCUGGAGAGGGUAGGCUUUGAAGAGGUAAUUGUGAUCACCACCAAAGAGGUUCAGAAGAUGAUGAACACAGACCCUAAAAUGAAGAUGGACGUGAAGAUGAAGCUGGAUGUGGUUCCCAUUCAGGAAGACGAGGACAUGGGCACCGCUGAUGCUCUCCGACACAUCCAGCAGAAGAUUAAGACGGACAUCCUGGUGGUCAGCUGCGAUCUGAUAACGGACGUGGCGCUUCACGAGGUCGUCGAUCUGUUCAGGGCCCACAACGCGACCCUGGCCAUGCUCAUGAGCAAAGCCCACGAGUUCACAGAGACGGUUCCAGGCCAGAAGGGAAAGAAAAAGACAGCUGAGCAGAGAGACUUUGUGGGUGUGGAUCAGUCAGGAAAGCGGCUGCUCUUCAUGGCCAAUGAGGCGGAUCUGGAGGACGGACUCACGGUCAGAAAGUCCAUCAUGAGGAAACAUCCCAGGAUGCACAUCAAAACAGGCCUGGUGGACGCUCACCUCUACUGUCUGAAGAAAGCCGUGGUCGACUUCCUCACGGAGAACAAGUUCAUUUCCUCAAUCCGUGGCGAAUUGGUACCAUAUUUGGUGCGCAAGCAGUUUUCCAAAACAUCCAACAGUCAGAAAAUGAAAGACGAUGUGGAGGAUCAAACCCAGAUGAAGAAUGAUGGCUCUACAAACCAUGAGAUCCUCAUCUCCUCACGGGACGAGCCUCUCCUGCAGCUGGCCCAGGAGCGCUCCUGCUGGAACGACCACCACGGAGACAUGAGCGAGGCCUACCACGGCGGAAAGCUGCGAUGCUACGUUCACAUCAUGGACCAGGGCCUGUGCUACCGCGUGAACACUCUGGCUGCUUACAUAGACGCAAACCGGCUGGCUCCAAAGCUGUUUGAGGAACCAGCAGUCCACCCGUCUGCUGUCAUUUCUGAGAGAUGUCAGAUGGGAUCCGACAGCAUCAUCGGAGCUCUGUGUCAGAUCGCUGAUAAAACCUCCAUAAAAAGGUCCACGAUUGGAAACGCCACCACGGUUAAAGAGAAGGUCAAAGUCGCCAACUCCAUCAUCAUGCAUGGGGUCACCAUCGAGGAAGGGUGUAACAUUCAAGGCAGUGUAAUCUGCAGCAACGCUGUGAUUGGCCGAGGAGCCGACCUCAAAUACUGCCUCGUGGGAAACGGGCAACGGAUCGAAGCGGAAGCUGAGCGGACGAACGAGGUCAUCGUGGGAACAGACCAGCUGAUGGAGAUCUAAGAGGAAGAUCCUCUCACGGGCCAAUCAGAACCCAGAGAGUAACUCUCACCAACCCGCCCCGCCGCCACCGAGCUGACGGACCAGUCGGACGCCUGGACGCUGUCUGCCAGUCGCGCACUCUUAUCCUCAUCAGCUCUUUUGUACAUUGUGUCCAAAUAAACAGCGAGUCGGCCAAAAGCUGCAAGUCACCCCGUUGUAAAU